GAAUACCCAGGUAUGACCAAUCAUUUAUAAACUAUAAAAUUGACUUGAGAUAGUGUGAAAUCUGUAUAGAUCAUAUUAGAAAAUUGAUAAAUUUACAAACAUUGUUUUUAAUUUAUGGGGUUUAAGAUUUAAGUUUCUAUAAUGCUGUUUCCUUAUCAGAUAUAUUUUUUUGUAAUUCUAGCAAUUCCUAUUGCAGGGGAGGCGCCGAAUUUUUCCUGCACUGGUCUUCAAUACUUUAAAUACAGUCUUUUUAGUGACAUCUAUAGAUGCAACUUCUAUUUGUGCAUAAGAUGUGAAUCCAAUGUAACGCUCCCUAAUGUCCAAGCAACGCUGUCUAUUAAAGAGAAUGGAACAGAUGUCAAGAACAUGUGGAACUACAAACAGGGAAUAGUAGACGUUGGAACACACUUCACGUUUGCUUUCCUCAAGGAUUAUCUCUUUCAUGGCCCCACCCAGUUUCAGAUUGACAUCAAUGGAACGGACAAGAAUAACACUGUCAUUGAAGAGACCAUACCAUGGACCGAGCCAGAAGUUUAUUUCAGGUCAACUUAUCUAAACUUCACAAUAAACGGCAGCAACGAUACUGUCAUAGUAAACAGGGGAGACAACGUCACAUUUCUGUGCUCAGCAGACGGCUACCCACUACCUCUUGUCGGACUGAAUUCAUUGCAGAUGUCUCCUGCUCAUCUAUUUAAUGAGGAAGUCAUUGAUCCCGGUGUCCCUAUAACUAUUCCUGUUGAUAACUUCAAUCUGUAUGGCAAUUACUCAUGCUAUAUCAAUAAUAAUUAUAAUAAUAUACGGAAGGAAAUACUGUUGUUGGUAAAAAAUCGAAUAAGUAGUUAUGAAUUUAUCAAUCAAGAAAACGCGAGCAUACAAACAGUCUCCUCCGAGUUGAACAACUCCACGCUGUCAAUAAAUGUGUACGGGUAUCCAGCACCGGCAUCCAUGAGAGUCUCCUGUAAUGACACCAGCCUAUGUAACGGGGUCUCUGUACUUUAUGAGUCACAGAGCCCAGUUUGGGGAAAGAUACACCUUCGAUUCUUCAAUGACACUUUGGCCAAUCAGAACACGAACAUCAGUCUAACAGUAGACAAUGGCUUUGUGACAAUCUUUGAAAUCUCUUGUACAGACUGUAAUAAUAGGCCAAUUAAUGGAGGCCACCCACUUAGAGAUUCAAGCCUUAAUGUUCUGUUAGGAAUCUUUUACCUGUUUUUUAUUUCCAGUUUAUGUUUUUGAUUACUAGAACUAAUUUUUAUAAUGGACUUAGUGUCUUGGUUAAAACUUAAUCUUAAUUGUAAUUCCCUUUACUUACUAAUGUUGUUUGGUGGAGUUUGAGAAGUUUUUUAAAAAUUUAUUCGCGAAUUUAAACUACGCGAAUUAUAGUGUAGCUGGCACUUUUAUAUUUUGUUAAUUAUAAAAAUAGUUUUGUUUGUUUGUUUGUUUUUAUAUUUUUUAAUGGAGUUAAACUUCAUGAUUCUUUUGACUGAUGUCAAAUUGAAAUUUUGAAAAAAAAAAGUAAAUACUAAUGCACUGACAUUGCUUACACAUAA